UGUUCCAGACUGGACUUGUGGCUGAUUCAAAUUUUGAGCGGCAUUUCAAUCGAUUGCUUUUCCAUUGCGAAGAUUUUGCUUAGAGACAUGACUUCAAGAGUGAAACUGGAAACCUCAGAAACUAGUUCAGAGCCAAAAGUAGUUCUAAAAAGCUCAGACAUGGAACAGUCGAAACUAGAACAAACUUUCCAAAUUGCAAAAGAGGCUAUUUCAAGGUUUAAAGUGGAAAAGGACGUUGCCGCCUUUAUUAAAAAAGAGCUUGACAAAAACUUUGGUGAAUAUUGGCACUGUGUUGUCGGGAAGAGCUUUGGUUCAUAUGUUACUCACGUUAGUGGGGCAUUUGCCUAUUUUUACGUAGAUCAACUAGCAGUGAUGGUUUUCAAAGCUUAAUAGGGACUUGGAGAAAAUAAACUACUACUGGAAAGACAUUCCAACGCCAGUUGACAUAAUUCUCAAAGGUUAUGUUC